AUGUCCAACGUCUUCAUCCGUUUCAAGGUCAACUCCAACGUCAACUACGUAGUCGUGGAAACCGCGUACGCGUCCUUCGCCGACAGCAGAAAGGACGACGUGAGCUUCAAAAAGGCCAUGACCUGGUGGCUCGAGCUUCGCCCAGCCAUCAAGCAAGCCGUUCUGGAGAACUAUGUGAAGGUCUCCCGGCAGCAUGACAACGCGAAGGACAAGUUCGGGAACCCGAAGAUCAAAGAGAUGGUCAAGGGCCAACAGGUUACCUGGAGGUCCUUGAUGGCGGACGAAUGCGUGAAGGACAUCAAGUCUGCUGGAUCACUCAGCGACGCAGCCCUUGAGGUCCUCAACGUGGAUGAGGUCAUGGCCCUGGCCCUUACCGAAAUAACUGGCAAGCUCCUUCGGAUCUACGCCUUCAGUGCCUUCGAUGCUGGGGUCACGCCAAAUCCAGCACAAUGCCGAGGCUAUGUGUCUGGUUCUGCAUCGAACCCACCGCUCGACUUCUAUCAAUUCCCCCGCCUACUUGGAGACGUGUCCGUCUUGAAGAAGGAGGUGGUGGGCAAUCCCAUGUACGACACGUCUGCCGUGCUGCUGGCUUUGUGUGCUCUCUCAGCGACGAAAAGUCAGGUGGAGACCUUGAUCACAAAACUUGCUGAAGGCUCGAUUCUGUCCAAAUCGGAGCGAGACGAAGUUCUCGUUCGAGCCUUCCGCGGAGAGGCUUUGCAUGGGCUGUUGAGCCGCUUCCUGGAGGGGAAGGUCGUGCCCAGUAAGUCCGUGUGA